UCGCGUCAAUCCCGCUGCGCAACUUCUGUAGGCUGGCAGACUCCCUUCAAUAUUAUUUCUGGGGAGCAGGGUAAAAGUGCUAAAAAAAAAUGUUGCCGAUCCACAACACUGGGACGGACUGAAUGGAGGCAACGUUGUCACCGAGCGGAGAUAAUAAAUCCGUCUACAGUGCACCGCGACACACACCGCGCUGUGAAAUUGAAUUUCCACCAGUGUUCAGCUCAUCGGAUCAGUUCGUCUCGUCCCGAAAGCCUGAUCACAUUCUCGGCACGUUCUCAUGCCGGUUUCUUCAAUGAAUUUGGCCAUGAAUGAUAUCUGCUGUGGCUGAACCUGCACCGUACUGAAAGGACGGCAAUGGCCGGGACAGGCAGUGCUCGGCGGGUGUCUUUACAUAAUAUGCCGGGAUGACAUGGUUUUUAAAAUGCUCAGGCUGGCGAUCAAAAGGAAUUGCCUCCCCUCUUUUUUUUACUCUUUUCCAGUUGGGGGAGAGACCCAACUGCGGCGUAGCUUUGAUGCAGUAUUUUAUCUUUUUCUCUUUUUUUUCUCUCUUGUUAGAAAAGCUUUGGAUCACACAGACCAGAGUUGGGAUGAAAAAUUCAACAUCACACACGCAGGCACACACGCACACACACACACACACACACACACACACACACACACACACACACACACACACACACACACACACACACACACAGAGUACAGUAUCUGGAGGAUGAUUCACAUUACUUACACUCAAAGUGAUUCAGUUACACCAGACUCUGUAAUGGUUUCACUGUUUAUUAUUAGUGGCCAGUCUGUCAGGCCUACAUUUUCCCACCAAGUUGGGUGUUGCCCUGAAGGUAUUGACACUACUAAUAUUUGACUUCAACAGCCGUUUUCUAGUUUUGCAUGUUGAUCAAACAGACAGGAGGCCGCUCUCUGUUUACUCCGCUCCUUCAUUCACAGCUCUGAUCUGCAUCAGUAUAGAUGCAGAAUUCAUUGAGCCAAACUGGUUUUCUCAAAGAUUUCCUUCCUCGCCUCAAAUUUUGUGUCAUCUCUGUGCCCACAGAGCGGCUUGUUGACUUCUCCGUAACCGUCCAGCCCUCGGCGUCCCCAUGCCUCCGUCUCCUCUUGACGACAGAAUUGUGGUGGCGCUGCCAAGGCCGAUCCGACCUCAGGAACUCCAACUGCGCCUGGACACCAGCUACCUGGACUCCAUCGCCACCAGCACCAGCGACAAGACAGUCAUCAGCACCACCGUGGUGAAGAUCCGGACGACGGCCAAUCUUGUAACGUAUAUGCCCUCAUCCAAGGGCUCCACGCGCUCGUUGUCGUGUGGAUGCAGCAGUGCCAGCUGCUGCUCAGUGACUACCUAUGAGAAGGACAACCAGAGCAUCAAUCACAGCCAGGUGAGUGCCAGCAGCCCCAACCUCAGCUAUGCCGGGCCCCCCACCCCUAUGGUCAGCAACCAUGAAGCAUUAAGCGCCCCCAGUCUCGCCCCGGGCACGCCGAAGGCCCUGUCAUGCGUGAGGGUCAUCCACCCCAAUGAGCUGGCCAAACGGAUGACCUGCUGCCCCAUGGGACACCCCGUGGGGCCCGUGCCAGUCAUCAUCGACUGCCGGCCCUUCAUGGAGUACAACAAGAGACACAUCCGGGGGGCCGUGCACAUCAACUGCUCCGACAAAAUCAGCCGGCGGCGGCUGCAGCAGGGCAAGAUCACUGUGCUGGACCUCAUCUCCUGCCGCGAGGGCAAGGACUCUUACAAGGGCAUCUUCUCCAAAGAGAUUGUGGUUUACGAUGAGAGCACCAUGGACCCCAACCGGCUGACGUUCUCCCAGCCGCUGCAUGUGGUCCUGGAGUCACUGAGGAGGGAGGGCAAGGACCCCAUCAUCCUCAAAGGAGGCCUUAGCUGCUUCAGGCAGAACCAUGAGAACCUGUGCGAGCACUCGCUGCACCUUCACGAGGGCAUGGAGACCGGUGCUACUGCUGGCCUGACCGGGCCGCUACCUCACUCCCUGCCCUCCACCCCGGACAUAGAGAACGCAGAGCUGACACCGAUCCUGCCCUUCCUCUAUCUGGGGAACGAGCACGACGCUCAGGACAUCCACCAGCUGCAGCGCUUCAACAUCGGCUUCAUCCUAAACGUGACCACCCACCUGCCGCUCUUCCACUACGACUUGGGCUUCUUCGUCUACAAGCGUCUUCCCGCCACAGACAGCAACAAGCAGAACCUGCGGCAGUACUUUGAGGAGGCGUUUGAAUUCAUCGGUAUGAAAACUUCCACUGUUUUCACUGCAGACGUAGGAAGCACAUCAAGCAGGUAUGGGCCUUCUGAUCCACUGCCAGGCAGGCGUGUCUCGUUCAGCCACCAUCGUGAUAGCCUAUCUGAUGAAGCACACCUGGAUGACCAUGACAGACGCCUACAAGUUUGUCAAAACCAGGAGGCCCAUCAUCUCCCCGAACCUCAACUUCAUGGGCCAGCUGUUGGAGUUCGAGGAGGACCUCAACAACGGAAUAACGCCACGAAUCCUCACACCAAAGCUGAUCGGUGUGGAAACUGUUGUCUAAACGAACCCUCUGGACUCGACGCUCGCACUUGUACUCACUCUCAACUGUUCUCUCAAUAGAGAUCGGCUGCUCUAUGAGCUGGGUUGGACUAUGAGAGCCACUGUAUUCUUCUUGAAUCUCCUCAUGCUCAUCUUGGACUCUCUGGAGUGCCAACGCUCUGGGUCAGUGGUGAUGAGAAAUGCCAAAAAUCCCUACUGUUUGGACCUGGCCCAAGUCCAGGAGAAAACGGUCGGCGGGAAGCUUUCCAUUUGUGAUUGAGAGGAGCAAACAUGAGGGAAAAGCAAAUUGGUUUGGAAAAAGAUAUUAUAUGUGCUUAGGGGCAAUUACUGACAAGAGAAACUCUUAAAGCUCACACUGUGGCACACAGCUUCUGUUUGCAGACUCAGGCGGGUUGGCCACGGCAGUGCCUGUCAAAAAAAAAAAGAAAAGAUAAACAAAAAAGAUGAAGACUUGUUUGGUGUGUUAAUGUUGUUGUUCUAUUUUUAUACAGGGGUUUAUGGGGGUGACCAUGACGAGCCCACAGUGGCUUACUGUGCAAUAAUUUCAGAGUGGAAUGCAACUGAGACCUUGAUCUUAUAUGUAUAUAAUGAUAAUGAUGUAAUGAUUACGAAACAUUUCCAGCUCUUUGCUGAAGUACCAUUUUAAUGUUAAUGUAAUUACUGUUGUUCAGUUCUAUAUGUUCACAGUUAUGCUGUAAUAUUCGACGUGUGCAAGAGAAAAGAAAUGGGGUUUUAUUUUUGAGUGCAGCUUGUGGGUUUAUGUAAGUCAUCAGAACCACAAAUUCAUAUUUCGUGUGUUUGCUCCAGUAUCUUCGUUUUCCCAUUCCUGCAUCCACAUAUGCAUAUAUUUUUUAGCAAUACACAGUAUAUAUUACCAGACAGCCAUAAGAGCUUUUUUUAUGCAUGGCUGCUGGCAGAGGAAAGAAUACUUUAAAAUAAUCAGUGAAUAUUGUAAAACAGGGCUACUGGUGAUGUUUAAUGUAACAGAACGGAGGAAUUUCACUGCCUGCUUCUGUCGUCUACCCUGUUCUUUUUGCUCCCAGCUCUGUUGAAUCGAACGCGACUGAGUCCCUAUGUAGCAACAUUUUUGUUUGUGCCAAAGCCCAACAUUUUGAGCUAUGGUUUAGUCCACAUUAAGGUAGCAGAGUUGAGGUACAGACUUCAAACAAACAUUGACUUUCUGCCGUGGGUUGCAGUGCAGUGGGACAGUGGUGGUACAGUAGAGCAGCGUGACCCUUCUCUAAUCUUUUGCAACUCUCUGUCGCUGACACUAAGCUACAGUUAAGUGAGCUCUUCUGCCUUGCUUAGGCGAGCGCUGCUGUCACGUGCUGUUCUAGUGCCUCUAUCAAUGCCUUAAUUCAUGUGUCACCACUGGGCCUGCGCAUGGUACACCAUCACGUGCAGACAGAUGCAGAACACACCGAAGUCGGAUUUUAACUCCCAGACAAAUGCAGCUCUUGGUCUCUGUGUGACAUACGGAUUUCUUUCUGCUGUUCUUGAUUAAUAUGCAGAGUUUGAGAAAAUAGCAUUCAAAGCCUUGAGGUUAAAAUGCUCAUUAUGUAACUCUGAUCUCGUGGUGGCAUUUUAAGGGGAAUUUGAAUACCAAUGUGAAUUGUAAAUCUACUCCGCACUAAAUAGUAGUGUAUUAAAGAGUAUAUGCAGGCUCACAAAGUUUACCUUCAUCCUGUUGCACCUGACUAUAAUCACUGAUGACUCAUAUUACAACAUGUAGAUAAAUGAGAGGAGAAAUUCUAAAUAAAUGCUCAACUUGCUAGUGCUACUUUGCCUUCAUUCUGAUCCGAACUGCAGAUUUUUGCACUGUCGCUGAAAAUAAUCUAAAUUUCGCAUUUCAGCCCCGUCAGUUUUACACUGUCUCAGCUGGUGACAGCUUUAGUGAAAAUUACAAAAAGGGAAACUUCUUACCCAGGUGGGAUGCAUGCGUUUUCAACUGCCUGUAUAUCACUAGGCACACAGUAUAAAGACCUCGUCUUGUUGAGAUGACUGUGUGCGUGACCAUUUAUCAAGUGAGCAUUCAAACAGAAAAAAUAUUGAUCUACAUUUUAGAGACUUGUUUGAGUACACAUCUUUGAUCUGGUUUUGAUUUGAUAAAUCCCAAGGGCUGUGAAAGUUCCCAAGAUAUAAAAGGAAUUGUAGUCCUUCAACCGAAGAAUAUGAAAUUCAGACCAAAACAACAGGCAGUUAUGAGCUUUUUCCUGGUUUCUGUUCAUAUGUUCUUCUGGUUUCUGUUCAGCUCUCCAUUGUUUGCAAGAAAAACAAAAGACUAAAAUGAAGCACAGGGCUACUGAUAUCACUGUCAAAGCAACCAAAAAAAAAACAUUUAUAUAUAUUUUACAAUACACUCUCUGUGAACCAUUUUAUCUUCAAAAGUACAUCUGAACCCAAACGUUUGGAGAACGAUCAUGUGUGUCUCUGUCAGCAAGAUGAAGGAUAAUGCAAGACGUUUUCAUAGCGUAGUGAAUACAAAUACACAGUGCACCCGGUAAGGCUUUACAACAACAUUCACAACAAUAAGCUUAAAAAAAAAAUCCCUCAUGUGAAAAUUCAUGCUAUGCAAAUAAAAUUGUAACAGGUUAUUUCUUUACCCGACUAUCGUGAAAUAGUUUUGAGGUCUCUGCGAACAUUUCGAGCAUGAAUGACAGUUUGCAGCCUCAGAUUGAAGUGAGUUUUAUACGUGUGACUUAUCGACAAAGAAGUCAUGAAAACAAAAAACAAAAAAUGUCUGUGUGGCGACGUGUCCUCACUUUGUAUUUUUGUUGCUGUUGUCAUUGGUGUCUACAGGUGCUCCACAGUAUAUUUGAAUAUGAUGAAAAAAAAGGUAUAUAAUAACCAUUUACAACACAUUUGUAGCUUGUGCAUUUAUAUUUAGUGAUUCACCAUUUGCAAAAAAAAAAAAAAAGACAAAAAAAAAAAAGAGAGAGCUUAGCAUCUGAGCCAAUGUUAUAUAGGAAUAAUGAACCUUUUUGUCCCAUCUGUUGGUUCCUACAACCGCAGCGGCACAUGGCUUUUGUAUGUAAUGAUCUAUUUGACUGAACAAUGUAACCGUCGUACUGUACAUUACUCUCCGGUUGGAAAACGAAGCAUGCUGUGUGCUCCUGGUCUGUGACAGACACUCGCAGACAUUAUGGUGCUGUCAGUCUUUCCCACACUGCUUUCUGUCUGUAGAGGUCAUAGCCUGAUUGACAGCUCCACGAGGCAUCUGGGUCUGUUCCCUUUUAUUUGGAAACACGGUUCUGUAUUAGAACAAUAUCAAGCUGUCAUAUUUGAUGUGCACUCUUUAUGACUGGACUUGUUUAAGAGUCUCUGCUUUGGGCUCAGAGGCUCCGGUGGAAACAGGCUUCACUCUACAAGUCUCCGUAUCUUUCUUUGUGUCUGUAGUCAAUGGUCAAGUAUAUACAGUAUAUAAAUAUAUAUCUAUUUUCUUUGUAUGCAUAUAUUCAUUACUAUUUUUGCACUGACCUACGGACAGAUGGAUUUAUUUUUUUCCACAAAGGGUGCUAUUAUAACGGAGGCCUUCUCCCACACCUUUUUGCAUGACUUGCUCAAGAUUCCUCAACUGGUCUGUCAUCUCUCCUACUCUUCUCCUACUACUCCUUGAACUGUUCCAAUUGAAGCACUGUAAUUUUGUAAUCCCUACUUGUGAGCUUUGAAAUAAACAAGGAGGCUUCAAGUUUG